AGUCAGCUGUCAAAUACAUACUUUUACUGUCAAACAAUUUACAAAUGUCGUAAAAACGUAAUUUUUAAACAAUAUCAAUCAAUUGGACUACUCUUAACAAAAUAAACAGUCAAAAUGUCACGACACAGAGAUAUUAGAAACAUGGACUAUUCAGAAGACUACGAUGGAUAUGACGACGUAUAUGGACAUUCCGUUGAUGAUGACUAUUAUAUAUCUCCAAGCAAUCGACAAUUCUUAUACAACAGAGAGAACAGCAGAGGUGAAAACAUACAAGAGGAGGACGAAAGGGAGGCCGAAAUGACUGAUAUUGAAAAAGCAAAGCUUGAAUCAUGCAUAGAUCAAAUAAAUGAAAUGUUGGGAUCCACAACCAUUCCUAGAAAUGAAUUGGUUAACGUGAUUGUUAAGUUCAAUUACAACACUGAAAGAUGUUUAGAUGCGCUGUUAGAACAACAAAAUAAAGAACCAGAACGGAAAGAAAAAGUGUUGGCGCAGCAACGCACCACCGUGAUAGCCGCAGACGCCGACAGAUCGGUGAAGGUGAUCACGCCCCAGAACCCGGUCAACGUGACCAAGGGCUUCGACCUGACAGCCAAGCCGUCCGACCUGACCAAAAUCCAGGUCACCCAGGUGACCUCCAGGUCCCAGUCGCCGGCGUCGGGACGCGCCACCCCGGUGAACACCGAGGCCGAGGAGGUCAGGACGAUGCGCAGGGAGAACAAGCCGGAUCCUGAUGUGCUGUACAAAAAGGAGAGGGGCGAUGGCAAGGAGCAUCUGUACAUGGUGGUGGUGGGGCAUGUGGACGCGGGGAAGUCCACCCUGAUGGGUCGAUUGUUGUGCGACCUGGGACAAGUGAACCAAAAAGUGAUGCACAAAUAUGAACAAGAGAGCAGAAAACUGGGCAAGCAAAGCUUCAUGUACGCCUGGGUCUUGGACGAGACUGGCGAGGAACGAGACAGGGGGAUCACCAUGGACGUUGGACGUUCCCAGUUUGACACCAAGAGCAAAACCAUAAUUUUACUAGACGCUCCGGGACACAAAGACUUCAUACCCAACAUGAUAUCAGGAGCUGCUCAGGCUGAUGUCGCUUUAAUGGUGAUCGACGCCACUCGAGGGGAAUUUGAGUCUGGCUUCGAUUUUGGUGGUCAAACGAGGGAGCAUGCCCUACUGGUCAGAUCGUUGGGGGUUUCGCAGUUGGCCGUUGCCAUUAACAAGCUGGACACAGUGUCUUGGUCGCAUGAACGGUUCGACGAAAUAGUAAAAAAACUGAAGUCAUUUCUAAAGCAGGUCGGUUUUAAGGAAAACGACGUGACGUUUGUACCUUGCAGCGGCCUUACAGGCCAAAAUCUUAUCUCAAAACCAACAGAGAAUGAACUGUUGGUCUGGUACAAUGGACCUUGUUUACUGGAUGUCAUAGAAAACUUUAGGUCCCCCCAACGUCCCAUCAACAAGCCCUUCAGGUUGUCUGUUAACGACAUAUUCAAGGGCACCGGUUCAGCAUUUUGCGUCUCUGGCCGAGUCGAAACUGGCACCUUGAACGUCGGAGAUAAGGUGUUGGUGUGUCCAAACCGUGAGCCAGCAGUUGUCAAAUCUCUAGCCAUUGAGGAAGCCUCCCAAACUGUAGUCUUUGCAGGCGAUCAAGCUACAGUGAGUUUAUCUGGGAUCGAGAUGCAAAAUGUCUCUGUUGGAAACAUACUGUGUGACCCCCAAAGGCCCGUGCCGGUGGCUGCGAGAUUUGAGGCGAGGAUUGUCGUUUUUAAUGUGCAAGUUCCAAUCACAAAAGGAUUUUCUGUUGUCCUCCAUCAUCAGUCUUUGGUUGAACCCGUGGUUAUUUGUAAGUUAAUUUCUCAGCUGAACAAAAGCACAGGUGAAAUCCUGAAGAAGCAUCCAAGAUUUCUGGGUAACAAUACCAGUGCCCUGGUAGAAAUACAAGUUUCACGUCCGAUUGCUUUGGAAUUGUACAGUGAAUGCAAGGAAUUGGGAAGGAUCAUGCUGAGGCAAGGUGGCGUGACAAUUGCCGCAGGACUUAUUACAAAAAUUAUUUUGUAAACAUGUUGUAUAUUAUAUAUAUGAUUUAAGUUU